AUGGCAGGAAAGUCCGUCCUCAUCAUCGGCCCGGGCUUCAUCGGCUGGCCCGUCCUUGAUCUCCUCGUAGCCGAAGGCUAUCACGUCACCGGACUCGUGCGCCGCGACGAGCACGCCAACGCCAUCCGCAAAUCCCGGGCCAGAGCCGUCCUCGGCGAUCUGCACAACGCAGACCUCAUCGCACAGGAAACCACCAACGCUGACAUCGUCAUCCACACCGCCACCGCCGACGACCUCCCCUCCGCCACCGCCGUCCUAACCGGCAUCCGCCGCCGCGCCGCCAUCGGCCGGCGCACCAUCUACAUCCACACCUCGGGCACCGGCGUCCUCGACGACGGAGCCGCCGGCGCCUUUUCCUCCUCCACCAUCUACGCCGACGACGACCCCUCCGCCAUCGACGCUCUCCCCGACUCCGCGCCGCACCGCGCCAUCGACCUGGCCGUCACGCAGGCCGCAAAGGAGCUCGGCGAGAAAGCGAAGAUCGCGAUCAUCCUACCGCCGGUCGUGUACGGGUACGUCGAGCAGCACGACAGGCUGAGCAUCCAAAUCCCGACGCUCGCGCGGUUCGCGCUGGUGAAUGGGUGGGCGGGGCAUGUGGGGAAGGGGCUCGGGGUGGAGUCGUGCGUGCAUGUGCGGGAUUUGGCGCGGGGGUACGUCGUGUUGCUGCAUGCGUUGGAAAAGCAGAGUGCGGAGUGGGUGUUGGGGAAUCCGUAUUUCUUCUGCGAGAACGGGGCGGAGGGGGAGUUUGAGUGGCGGGAGGCGGCGCGGCGGGUGGCGGAGGGGUUGCAUAAGGCGGGGAAGCUGUAUAAGGCGGAUGUGGGGGAGUUCAGGAGGGAGGAUUAUAAGCAGUUGUUUGGGGAGGUGACGGAGAAGGUGCUCGGGCAUAAUUCGAGGAGUCGCGCGAGGAGGUUGAGGGCGUUGGGGUGGGAGGCGCGGGAGAAGGGGGUUUGGGAGAGUUGGGAGGAGGAUGAGUUGCCGGCGUUGUUGAGGGAGUGGGAUGCGAGGAAGGGCGAGAAGAAGAGUGCUUAUGAGAAGUUGGCGGCGUGA